AGUUCGAGCUCUCAAAAAGGGAUUCAUGAUCCUUACCAGCAGCCUCAUUGACCCCAAUUGCCAGAGAUGGCGAACCCCAAUGUGAUGCGGCCAUCGAUAGGCCGCAUAUUGCGACUCCAAGAGACCCGCAAUUGGCUGUCCACGAUAUCGACAACGGCGGCGCAGCCCCGAACCGCAGCGGCAUGCUUCUCGACUUCGGCUGGGCACUCGGUGCGCAAGACUCGCGACAACAACCGCCUGCGAGGCGUCAGUACCAUGAAGAGGACCGGCCCCCGUGAGCCGCUCUCCGUCUCCUGGGAGACGCUCCCCAAGCCGGCGAACUACAAGCCCGAGGUUGCGGUGGACCCGAACCACGGGCUCUGGGGUUUCUUCUACGGCAAGAACAAGCUUUUGCAGACACCCAAGGAGGACCAGUCCCACGGCCGCGCGUGGACGGUGGAUGAGCUGCGGAAGAAGAGCUGGGAAGAUCUCCACACGCUGUGGUAUGUCUGUCUGAAGGAGAGAAACCGCAUCUCGACGACGAGUCGCGAGCGGGAGAGACGCAAGCUUGGAUUCGGCGCCUACGAGGCCAACGAGAGGGACGAGACGGUUGUUACGACGAUGAAGGCGAUCAAGCACGUCUUGACCGAGCGCUUUUACGUCUGGGAGGAUGCGCGCAAGCUGGCGGAGGAAGACCCCGAGGUCGACCUCUCAGGCGAGGGAGAAGCGUACAUGCCCUUGUCGGGCUAUGAGGAGGAUCCGGCGAGUAACAAGUAUUUGACUGAGGACGUCGAGGCUGCUGCCGUCGAGUCACCAGCCGUCGAGGCUCCGGCCGAGCCCGAGACGGAGAAUAAGGAGGCCGCGCCGCAGGCUGAGCAGGCCGAACCCUCGCUGCCGAAACCGAAGUUUUGAGCAGCCCGGUAGCUGUAGUCUCUCCGUCCGGUAUGAGGGCCGACGACGGGAGAGCCAUGUACCAUUGUAUCCAGACAUGUAUAGACCCUUGUACGAUACGAAUAUUUUGUGCCAGGCUUAUCCUCCAAAAGCCGACUAGAAAUGAUUGCCUUUCUCCCCCGACCCUGCAGACGCACACCGGCUGUUGAUGUGUGAGCUCGUGGCUGAAGCGAGCGAGACACACGACAUAACUGAUGACCGUUUUCAUAGGUCCCCCAGUUUUCGUACACAGUAACAGCAAGCAUUUGCAUAAUUCCGAGGAGGACUGUCCGUAACUGAGUAAUGGAUGAAUCGAGACUUGUGUUUG